AUGUGGCGUCAGCUACGAAUAGCUAACAGUUUCACAAUGGAGGCAGCGUUUAGCGGAUCAGUAAUCAACAAAGACAACAAACCUUGUCACUUCAGCAUCCGAGACUACCAAGAUAUGGGCCAAACGUUGUGUUUGGCAAUAUAUGACUUCCAUCGCAUGCAAACCGAUGACAUAUUACAAGCGAAGUUCGUCUUCAGCCUCACCCGUCAGAUCACGCAACAGUUACAAAACGCAGACCCCACAAACAAUAAAGUGCCAGAUCUCAAAAGCAUCAUGCGACAAAAAAGGCAACAGAAAAAAGGAUAUGGGGCUUCCGGAGGAAACAAGAACAAGUUUUAUGUCGAAGGCCAGAAAGAACAGCAGGAAAAUGUUUUCACUGACAAGACAAAAGAGAAAACAUCUGACGAAUGUGAUCAAGAGCAAGAAGAAAAUUCCUCAGAAGCAGACGAUAAUCAAACGAGUGAAUUGGCAUCAAAUGUACUGCACGCCGUAAACAGGCAGGAAGCUGUAGAAGAGGAGAUAUCCAGCCCAGAAAUGCAGCAAAGGAGUAUCUUAAUUUUUCAUUAUUUUCUUGCUUGCUUUCAAUCUCUAUCCUCCUCACCCCCUCUCUCUCUCUCUCUCUCUCUCUAUCUAUCUAUCUAUUUACACAUACAUAUUUGGUUCCCAAUUAAAGAAAACGGAAAGGAUGAAGAUGAAGAGGAGCCGGUUUUAAUGAUGAAAGAGUGUCUUAAUUUAUUAGUCAACUUAAACGCCACUCAAUCUUUGAUGGAGUCUGAUUCGAGCGACAGCGACAGUGAGUCUGACCCGGAAGUAAAACAUCAGCAGCGGAAGUGGCGUUCGAAACAACGGAAAAACCGGAAAAAAAGAAGCAGAUCCUCACAGGUGAAAAGUUCAACAGGAGAAAAGGAAGCGAGAGGAAAAGCCCAGAAAAACACAAAUGUAAGUGUAACAAAACCGAACAAAAAUAUUAGAUCUACUCAUCAAUAA